UCCCCUAAAAAAUUCUCCAAAAUGGAGCCGUCUCUGCCCCUAGCAACGCUUACGCUAAAAAGCUCAAAGCUGAAAAACAAGGUUUUCAUUAUUUUCAUUUCUAUGGUGUUAUGCACAGCCUUGCUGGCCCUGCUGCAGCUCAAGUUCUUAAAACCCAGAAAAAAAGACUUUUAUUCCUUUGAAGUGGAGGAUUGGAAAGGAAGAACCAUUUCCUUGGAGAGAUUCCGAGGCAAAGCAGCCCUGGUUGUAAACGUGGCUAGUUACUGUCCGCACACAGAAAAAAAUUACAUCAUGCUGCAGGAACUCCAGCGAGAGUUUGGAUCAUCCCAUUUCACUGUGCUGGCCUUUCCUUGCAAUCAGUUUGGGCAAAUGGAGCCAGGUCUGAACGACGAGAUCAUUUAUUUUGCUAAAUCGAAUUAUGGAGUGACAUUCCCCAUCUUCAGUAAAAUAAAAGUCCUAGGUUCUGAAGCAUCGCCAGCUUUUAAAUUUCUAAUAGAUGCUUCUAAAAAGGAACCUAAGUGGAAUUUCUGGAAAUAUCUCAUCAGUCCUGAAGGUAAAGUCUUGAAAUACCUGAAGCCUGAAGAACCUAUAGAAAACAUCAAGCAGGAUAUAGCCGCUCUGAUUAGGGAGAUCAUUAUAAAAAAGAGGGAAGAACUUUGAGGAAGUCGCUGUGCCUUGUGGAUCCACUGGGCAACUUCACCAUCCAGCCUUAGUACAUUCCUGCUCAAAUAUGGCAAACGCUGAGCUACCAAUCAUCUUUCUUGACAUUUAAUGCCAUGACAAACUGAGAAACAGAACUUUCUUUUCUGUUUAGAACUACGAAGGAUGCUGAAAGCAAAAGAAGUCAAGACUUUAAUACAGGGGUGGGCUUCAAAAAUUUCAGCCAUAGGUUCUUUGCUUGGUUGGUGGUUGGGCAUGCCCAUGGUGGGCGUGGCCUCCUGCACCAUGGUGGAUGAGGCGUUUUCGCCUUCCCCAGGAUCUGGAGGCUUUCCUCGAGUCUCUGGGAGGGCAAAAACUGCCUCCCCCAGGCUAUACGGUAGGGUUUUAAAAUUUUAAGGAGAAACACUGGCCUAAGCACUGCUGAAUUUGUUCUGACUGUUCUAUGAUGGUAAAGCUUUAAUGAAAGGGGAAAGUUUAGCAAUAAUCCAAAUAUUAAUACUGAAUCUCUGGAUAAUCCUUGUCCUUAAGCAGCCCAAUCAAUAAAACACCUUAUAUACAGGUAAUCCUAACCUACAAGCACAAUUGAGCCCAAAAUUUCUGUUGCUA